GAGAGUCCAGCUUCUCCGAGCCGGACUAGACAGGAUCCUGCCUUUGGCCGCUCCUCGGCUGAGGGCAGCGCAUCCCGUGGUGACGUUGUCUGCGUCGACAUCGUAUCUCCGUCGGACGAGGACAUCCAGGACCAGGUCUUUGACUCUGCAGAUGUCAGUGAGUUGCGGCAUACGUCGCAGGCCGAUGCAUCGGAAGGGUGGACUGGGACUGCGGUCUCGUGGCCACCAGCUGUGCAGGAG